AAAUAAAUUCAGUCAUUGUCUUGUUCGUUAAAAAACACCACGCGCACUUAGUGUCACCAUGGCGCUUCAAGAACCAAAAUUCACAAAAUCUGAUUGCCAAAAAAUAAUUUCGGCGAAACUCGGAAACGAAAAUUUCGCUCUGGUCGACUUCAAAGAAAAACCGUUUGGGAAAAUUCGCGGUUUUUUGGGCGACCAUUCCACUCUUACAAUCACAACCAAAUCGAAUGGAACUGGCGAAGAGCACAAAUUUUUCGUCAAGUCGCUACCGCGGGUCGCCUCCCAGCGAAAUUUCGUUUUGGAAGUGAACGGAUUUUUCAAAGAGCAAGGUUUUUUUACCAAAUUCUGCGACCUGGUAAAAGAACACUCAAUCAGCAGCCUUUUGGACAACACAAUCCCAACUUGCUACUUAAUCAAAGACGACAAAUUUGUUUUCGAAGACUUGUCAACGAAAAACUACACUACUUUGCCUUCACGUGAGUGCUUAAGUCUUGACUGUGUCAAAUCGGCCCUCACAAGUUUGGCAAAAUUGCACGCCACUGGACUUAUCCUUGAAGAAAAAACCUCGUGCAAGUUGAACGAAAAACUGGCGAAGGAACUCGCUGAAGCCUUUUAUUCCGAUGUAGAAUCGGUGAGGACUAGCAUGGAAGCGUACAAAACUGGCGCUAAUGCCAUCAUUGACCUCUCACACGAGCCCACAAUGAAAAUUUCCAGCGGGUGGUUGAAGCAAAAAGUGAGCGAAGUUCUGGACUUGCAGAAAUUGUAUGUGACACCGUCGAGAAGAUUCCGCAACACGAUUUGUCACGGGGAUGUUUGGACGGGGAAUUUUAUGUUCAAAAUGGAACAAAAAUCGAAAAAUUGCGUCCUUGUUGAUUUCCAGGCCUGUAGAUAUGGACCCCCAGCACAGGAUGUUAUGGCUUUUUUACAUUUGACCACUAACAGGGACUUUAGGGAUAAACAUCGAGAAGAAGUGCUGGGGUUCUACUAUAAGGAACUGGACGCGAGUUUGGACAAGUUUGGGCUUAAAAAUCUGAUUACGAGGGAAGAGUUUGAUGAAAGUUGCCGCUUUUAUAAACGUUACGCUAUGGUUCAAGCUGUUUUGCUUUUCCAAAUUGUCGUAAUGUCUGAAGAAGUCGCACGUGAACUGUUUGCGAAUCAAGACAAAGUCCUGUCGGUGUUUUUCAAAGAGAAAUACGAUUUUAUUACUGAAGUUUGUCAAAAGGACCAGAUUUUUAGGAAAAUGAAUUUUGAGGCCAUUGCCGAGCUUAGAGAAUUUUUUGAGGGUCAAAUGUAACGUGAAAUAAUUGUCAAAAUAAAUUUAUUUCCUACAAAUAA